GUUCUUGAAGUACCCAAGAAAACAUCUUAAUUAAAUUCUUUAAGUAAGAUGCACUUUAUUACAUUAUCAUUUGCGUCUUUGACAUAUCAAUUGGAUUACCAGACAGAGAGACCAAACAAGAUCAGUUCGUACAAUCAUGUCUUCUUCCUCUCAUCCUCCACUCCUCCUCUUCUUCUUCACCGUCUUCUUUCUCUCCGCCGUCGCCGAUCACCACGACAAAACAAGAUCACGUCUCAAACCACCCCACUUCUCUCCCCUCUUCUCCUCCUCCCGAAACGCCACGUCACCAACUCGCUACUUCGAAGUCAAAAAGCCACCCGUCCCCUCUUCUCCUCAAACUCAACAACAACCCUGCUCCCACCAAUUCCUCCACCACGACUUCGCCUACACCUACACCAAACCCCCGGUCCUCGCCAACUACACUCUCCCCUCCCACUGCCCUUCCCAGCAAUUCUCCAGAAUCACCCUCGAGCUCAGAUCCACCUGCCGAGGCCGACAGUUCGACCGCAUCUUCGGCCUCUGGCUCGACGGCGCAGAGCUUCUCCGCAGCUGCACCGCCGAGCCUACGCGAAACGGCAUCGUCUGGUCCGUCGAGAAAGACGUCACUAAAUACCACUCCCUCCUCGUCAAGAACCGGACUCAGACCCUCGCUCUCUACCUCGGCAACAUCGUCGACACAACCUACACCGGCGUUUACCACGUCGACGUCUUCUUCCAUUACUAUCCACCAUCAUCUGGUGAUUAUGAUUACAACUCUCCUCCUCGAGCUGAUAUGAUCGUGCCUAUUUCGAGAAGCCUCCCUUUAAACGACGGCCUAUGGUUCGAGAUCUCGAGUUCGGGUGAUUCCAAGCGGAAAGAGUUCAAGAUCCCUAGGAAUGUGUAUAGAGCUGUCCUCGAAGUUUAUGUUUCUUUCCACGAGAACGAUGAGUUUUGGUAUGGGAACCUUCCUAACGACUUUAUUACAGCUAACAAUCUUAGUACAGCUGGUGGUAACGGUCCUUUUAGAGAAGUUGUGGUGACACUAGACGGGGAAGUUGCGGGUGCGGUUUGGCCUUUCCCCGUUGUUUUCACAGGUGGGAUCAAUCCUUUGCUGUGGAGACCCGUGACGGCUAUUGGCUCGUUUGAUUUGCCUAGUUAUGAUAUCGAGAUGACGCCGUUUUUGGGGAGUUUGUUGGAUGGGGAAGGUCAUGAGUUUGGGUUUAGUGUGACUAACGCGUUGAAUGUUUGGUUUGUUGACGCGAAUUUGCAUCUUUGGUUGGAUGGUGAGAAGGAGGUUGUUGAAGGGGAGGUGUUGGAGGUUAGUAGAAGCUCUCUGGAGAUUGGUUCUGUGUUAGAUUUCAAGGGGUUGAAUGGAGAGUUUGAGACGGAGGCUAAGAGGUUGGUAUGUUCGAAAGGUUUGGUCAAGUCUUCUCAUGGGGAGAUUGUGACCACUUCUCGUCAAGAGUUCAGGUAUGUAAACAAGAUGGUUUUGGGUAAAGAUGGGAGCUUGCAGAUUAUAGAUCAGUUGAUCGAAGGCGAAGACCGUGUUCAGUCCAAGAGAGGGUCAAGGCGAAUCUACGCGGCGAAAUCUGUUAAGAGUUUUCCUUUUUACCUCUACUCUGACUCCUUGGAGCAAGAGGACAAUACGUCUUUAGAGGUUGCGAAUGUGACGAUGGGGUUCAAUGAGGAGAGAACGGAGAGUGAUAAAGUGAUGAUGAGAACGUUUAAGAGUAAGGUGGAGAAUAAGCAAGAAGGGCAAGGGGUUAUGGUGGUGAAGAAUAACUUAGUGGUGAAUGGAUAUGGGGGGACACAGCAAGUUUAUAAAUAUGUUGGAAGUGAUCAAUGUUACUUCAGGAACAUUAGUAGCUUCAACUACGACAUUUUGUAUGACAAGGUUGAAGCUGUUUGCGAGGAGAAUACACUGAAGAUGCCCGAGCAUCUAGCCAGACUAGAGACGUUGACCUCGCUCUUGCUGUGAAUGACAGUGGGAGAAAGAAACAUCGUAGAAUAAGUACAAAAGAAGUUUUUUGUAUGUUUGUUUCUGUUGUUUUCAGACGAUGUCUCGGUCAGGUUUGCUAUGUUGUAAACUGUCUUCUUCCCUCGUCAUGUUCUGACUUCUAUGCAAAUAGGACCAGUCCGGUUAA